AACACGAAAAUUAUCAGAUGCAAAUCAGUACGAGCAACUUUUACGUAAUAGUCUAACAAAACCAAUGCCCACAAAAUCACAAAGAUCAGCACCUUUGGGAUUUAUCGGUACAAUUAGCAACGUCCUUUUUGGAACGCUUACAGAGGACGACGCAAAAUAUUAUAACCAGGAAAUAGACAAAAUUUAUAAAGACCAAAAACACUUAUCAGAACUAUUGGGAAAACAGACGCACAUUGUUAGAUCAGAAUUCCAAGACAUUCACCAAGACCUAAUAAAACUAAGGAAUUCUUCCUUAAUAAUGGAUAACAAAAUAAAACAGUUAACAGCAGGUCUCCUUAAACUCGAUGAAGUCGAGACAGAGAUGGAGUUACAAAGAGCCUCAACGUCUUGGACGUAUCAAAUAUCCAGACAAAUGGACGAAUACCUUCAGGCUUUACUAAUAUUGACAGACGCAACAAUGUUUGCUAAAUUAGGAAUGUUACACCCAGCUAUAUUAUCACCCGAUGAACUCGAGCUAACAUGUACCCGUAUUAACCAAUCAACACCAUAUGAAUUUCUCCUCUCCCUAACAGAACUACGAUCAGAAAGAUUUUAUAGAAUAAUCAUAAUCAGCACAAUAUAUUCAAAUGGAAGAAUGCUCAUAUCAAUCGAAAUUCCCCUCCUAGAUAAAGCACCCUUUAACCUAUAUUGGCUACAUCCAUUACCAUCCUUUUUACCAAUUUCACAUAACAUUUCCAGUGCCAUGCUCAUUGUACCACAAACCCCAUACCUCGCAAUCGAUGACACUCAUAAGGAAUAUCUCUUGCCAACGGAAAGCUUCAUACAAGGAUGCAAGAUUCACCCCACCAAAUACAUCUGUCAGCUUACAUUGCCAUUAUACAGCCUAGAAGAAGCACCAAUUUGUGAAACUGACCUUUUUAUUCAAAAACGUAUCAUAGGAUGGAAAAAUUGUCACAUAAGAUCAUUAAAAUCAACCGGCAUAUUUAUCAAUUAA